UCGACCACAACUGCUUAACUUCCCAAGCUAACUUGUCAUAUCUUGUGGCCAACCUUGAUAUUUUGGAACAUUACUAAUAUAAGUGGACGGUCAUCCCAGCUGAGGAAAUUACUGGACAGCCAUAGAGGACAGAUUUAACAAAUUCUCCCGUUGACCACUGAAAGCGUAGGUGCUGCCAGUAGCCCCACCAAAGAGCAGGAUGUGCCAAUUUCCAUCUACCGGUCCAACCGUGACCAUCUUGUUGCUAGUCAACCUAGCAACAAUUCUGACCGUUACCUCAGAUCAGAAGUUUAACGAAGCCCACUACGAACGUCUGCCUCCUGGUUACUCCUAUGAUUACCUUCAGGCGUCUCCAACAGAACAAUUCUCCACAUCGCGAAGUCUACUGGAGUGUUCCGGCCUCGCUCUAAGCAGCAAAUCAGAAUUCUUUUCUUACAACAAAGACAGCCAUGUUUGUAAGAAUUACUCACCGAAGAAUAUUAUGACAGUCGUCAGAGGAAACGAUAGCAACGAGAUUUCCUACUACAGAAGUAGUGAAUGGAUUAAAACUUAUGCCAUAUCAAUGGGAGCAAAUUCGUUAAUCUAUAAUUCCAUACUCAAUAUAGGAAGUCCUUCAACUUGGAAUGUGGACAAAUGCAAUGGUAUCCAUUGUCCAAAUUUCUUCCGACAUCCAAUACUCGAUAUCUGGAAGAGUCUUCCAAUUAUCAGGAACUUAGCUGAAUUUCCUCGCCUAACCCUUCAAGGAGAUGCUCCAGCAUGGACGCAUCUCAGUGACUGA